AUGGGUACUGAACUUCAAACAGAUUUGCUUCUUAAACAGGAAAUGAUGUUAAAGCAGUAUGUCCUGUUGGUCCCUUCUGUUAUGCAAGAAGUCUCUUUGGACAAAGUAUGUGCCCAGCUUUUUAAUCUUACUGAAACUGUUCUUUUGACUGUCUCUAUCAACUAUGCUGAGGACCAGACCAAAAUACUUGAAGAGCCUGUUACAGGAGAAAAUUUCUUCAAAUGCAUCAACUUUGUGGUUCCUAAGGCCAGAGCUGACCCACUGGCUUUCAUUACAUUCUCUGCUAAAGGAACUACCCUUGAUAUGCAAGAGAGAAGAUCUGUGGCGAUCCAGCCCAAUGAAAAUGCAAUCAUUGUACAGACAGAUAGACAGAUUUACAAACCUGGACAGAUGGCAAGAUUUCGAAUUGUGUCUCUGGAUAAUGUUUUUAAGCCUGCUGAUCAAAUGUAUCCAGUGAUCACACUUGAGGAUCCCCAUGGCAACCGUAUUAAGCAGUGGGACAACGAGGAAUCUUACAGAGGUCUUGUGCAACUCUCCUUCCAGUUGGCCUCAGAGCCUAUCUUAGGCUGGUAUCAUAUCACCGUGGAGACACUCUCGGGAGAGAAAACAGCUCAGUUCUUCUCUGUGGAAGAAUAUGUGUUACCCAGAUUUCAAGUGUCUGUGGAUGCACCUGAAAAUAUUUUAGUUGUGAACCCUGAAUUACACGUUAAUGUCUGUGCUUUCUAUACCUUUGAAGGUCCAGUGCCAGGGAGAGUUCAACUGAGUGUGUGCAGGCAAGCUCCUUAUUCUUACAGUAUUUGCAGAUUUUCUUUAAAUUCACUGUGCCAAAAUUAUACCUUUCAGUUGGGGAAAGAUGGCUGUGCCUCCUAUAUUAUUAAUACAAAUACUUUUGAGUUAUAUCGAGAAGGAUAUAGGAAUUACCUAGAAUUGCACGCUCUUGUUACAGAGGAAGGAACAGGUGUACAACUUACAAACUACAAGUACAUAAAGAUAGAUUCAGCAAUGGUGAAGAUUCAGUUUGAGAACAUGGAUAUGGUCUACAAACAAGGAAUUCCUUAUGUUGGCCAGAUCAAAUUGCUUCAUCCGGAUAACACUCCCGUGCCACAUGAAAUCAUCCAGCUGCACCUAGAGGACAAAAUUGUGGGCAACUACACCACAGAUAUCAGCGGCACUGCUCACUUUUUCUUGGACACGUCUAAGAUUACAUCUCCAAAUAUCACAUUACGAGCAACUUAUAAGAACAAUGAAAACUGUGAGAUUUAUGGAUGGAUAUUGCCCUAUUACCCUCAGUCAGAGUAUUUAGUGCAACGAUUUUACUCCAAGACUAAUAGCUUCUUAAAGAUUGCCCCAGAGAUGGAAGAACUGAGAUGCAACCAGCAGAAGCAAGUGAUAGUGCACUAUCUCCUCAAUAUGGAAGACUAUGAAGACAAAACUUACGCAGUGACUUUCAAUUAUGUGGUGAUUUCAAAAGGCGUAAUAUUUCUUCAUGGGCAACAGAAAGUCAAGAUUAAUAAUGAUUUAACCAAGGGCACAUUUUCCAUUCCAAUAGACAUUAGUAUUGAGUUAGCUCCCUCUGCAAGUAUGCUUGUCUACACCUUACACCCUGAAGGAGAAAUGAUCGCUGACAGUAUUCAAUUUGAAAUUGAGAAAUGCUUCAAACAAAAGGUCAACUUAAGUUUCUCUAAUGAAAAGAGUUUACCAGGAUCCAACAUCAGUCUUCAUCUCUCAGCUGCCUCAAACUCUCUUUGUGCCCUUUCGGCAGUAGAUGAAAGUUCACUGUUACUAAAGAAUUACAAUCAGUUAUCAGCACAAAGUGUGUAUAGUAAGCUAUAUUACAAACAACUAUUUGGCUAUUACUUCAAAGGGCUUAACUUAGAGGAUAGCCCUAAAGAUCCAUGUCUCAAACAAGAUCCAAUUCUUUACAAUGGAAUAUAUUACACACCUGAAUGGACUGACUUUGGAAAAGAUGUCUAUGAUCUUGUGAAGGCAAUGGGAUUAAAGGUUUUAACCAACUCUCAUUACCGGAAACCAGUACUGUGCAAGAAUUCCAGGCAUCCUGACUAUGAACAAAAUGAUCAAAAUAUCUCUUCACAACCAAAUGAUAAUUUGUUUGCUGAAGAUUCUCGAGCAUUUAAAUCUCAGUUGUACACAAAUUCUGUACGGAAAGCAUUUCCUGAAACCUGGAUUUGGAAUCUUAUUACAACAGACUCCACAGGGAAAGCCAGUCUUCCUCUUACUGUUCCUGAUACCAUCACAAAAUGGAAAGCCAAUGGAUUCUGCCUAGAUGAGGAAGCUGGGUUUGGCAUCUCCCCAACUGUUUCCCUGACAGCUUUUCAGCCCUUCUUUUUAGAGAUCACAUUUCCCUAUUCAGUUGUUCGAGGAGAAUCAUUUGUUAUGAAGGCCAAUGUCUUAAGCUACAUGGAUAGAUGUACUCAGGUUAAUACUGUACUGAAAGAAUCCAGUGCUUACCAAGCCAGAAAGCUUCCAAAUAACAAUGAGAGUAUUUGCGUAUGUGGCAAUGAGAGAAAAUCCUAUGCUUGGAUGGUUACUCCCCAAACACUGGGUACUGUGGAUGUCACUGUUGCUGCUGAAACACUACAGAACAAUGUCUGUGAACAGGGAUUCUCUAGGGCUUUGGGCACUGAAUGGAGGGAUACAGUGAUCUAUCAGUUGCUGGUUGAGCCUGAAGGUAUUGAAAGAGAGAUAACACAAGGAUCACUUAUUUGUACAAGUGGUUCCACAGUGUCUCAACCUUUAGUGCUACCAUCACCAGAAAAUCUUGUGGAAGAUUCAUCUAGAGCUUAUUGGUCUGUACUUGGAGACAUUCUUGGUUCUGCCAUGCAUAACUUACACAAUGUUCUCCGAAUGCCUUUUGGUUGUGGAGAGCAGAAUAUGGCUUUAUUGGCUCCCAGUAUUUACAUUUUGGACUACUUGAGUCAGACUCACCAGCUAACAGAAGAGAUAAAAUCCAAGGCUAUUGGAUACCUGACCAAAGGUUAUCAAAAGCAACUGUCUUAUAAACACCCAGAUGGAUCGUAUAGUUCAUUUGGACCAGCAAAUCAUCAACAAGGAAGCUCACGACUCACUGCAUUUACUUACAAGUUGUUUGCCCAAAGUAGCCGCUACAUUUUUAUCGACGACAAAAUUCAGUCUGAGACCUUUAUUUGGCUUGCAAAUCAUCAAAAUUCAGAUGGUUGCUUCCUAAAUUCGGGCAAUAUUUUCAACAAUGCCUUGAAGGGAGAAGAAAAUGAUAAAAUUUCUCUCACUGCGUAUGUUAUCAAUGCACUCAUUGAAGCUGGUCACCCAACCUCGUUUUUGGUAAUUCAGAAGGGUCUUCAGUGCAUAGAAAAUGCAAUUAGGGAGAGGCGUACUACUACCUAUGACCAGGCUCUCCUGGCCUACACCUUCACUUUAGUAGGCAACGAAGCCAAAAGAGAAUUUUUUAUCAACAAACUAAACCAAAAAGCAAUGAAAGUGGGUGGCUCGAUGUAUUGGAAACCAGAAAAACAGCACUCUAUGGCAGGAGCAUCCUCCUUCUACCCUCUAGCUUCCUCUGCAGACAUAGAAACCACUGCUUAUGUCCUGUUAGCCAUUCUCGCUAACCCACAGCUGACCUCAGAAGAGCUGUCCCAGGCUUCUCAGAUUGUGCAGUGGAUGGCAAAGCAGCAAAAUUCCCUUGGAGGUUUUUCUUCCACAAAGGAUACUAUUGUGGCUCUCCAAGCACUGUCUCUAUUCCAAAAGCUUACUUUCUCUAAAAAUAGACAAAAUUCAGUGAUGAUCUACUCUGACCGAGUAUUCUACAUGGGUUUCCACGUGAACGACAAGAACUUUUUGGAGCUACAAAAAAUUCAGUUGCCAACAACUAACAAGAACUAUAUGGUGGAAGUGAAUGGGAUUGGCUGUGUAUAUGUACAGGCAACUCUGAAAUAUAACAUUCUGCUUCCCAAGAAGUCAUCUGGGUUUUUCCUUUCUGUGUACACAGCCAAUGCUGUCUGCAAUGGACCAUUUGAUAAAAAGUUUGACCUUGUUGUUUCAGCCCGUUAUUAUGGAAGACGAGACACUUCCAAUAUAGUCAUCAUUGAUGUGAAGAUGCUUUCAGGCUUUGUGCCUGAUAAGUCAUCUCUUAAGAAGCUUCAGAUUGAGGGAAAAGUACAACGAGUAGACACCAAAGCCUCCCAUGUAAUUUUCUUUCUGGAGAACUUGGUUGCAACUCCCAAGUUAUCAAAGAUGCAAGACAAGUAG